AUGUGGCGGCAGCCAUCGCUCUUGCAAGAAAAUAAUGGAGUUUCUUGUAGGCAUCAGAGCCUGUUGGUUGAAAAGAAGAUCCUACAUGGCGAUAUCUCUGGCCAUAACAUAUUUCUAGCAUCCCCUAGUGGUGUAUCUCAAGGAAUAUUGAUCGACCUAGGUCAUACUGUCAAGGUGGAGGAAACUCGAGGAGUAGAUAAUCUCACUUUGAUAGGCAAAAUGAAGUUUAUGGCGCUUCAAAGUCUAUUACAUGCUGGAAAAUUUAAGCAAAUAAUUAAACUCACGUACCAUCACAAUCAAUAA